AUGGGUGCCGUGUACACACCCGGCCAGUUCCAAACCCUCCUCAACCAGUCCCUCAUCCCGGCGACGAUGGCAGCGAGCGCCCUCUUCCUGCACGAGCGCUACUCGACGGGACAGCUGGGAGCGGCGGCCCUCCUCGUCAGCGGCGCGGUGAUUUCGGUGGCGCGCUGGUACGCCGUGGCUCUCUACUGGCUCUCGAACGUUCCUAUGGCCCUUUCGGCCGUGUACAAGGAGGCUCACUUUGCCGCGCAGCCGAUGGACGUCACGUACCUCACGCAGUGGGUCUCGAUCUGGCAGAUGCUGUUUGGCUUUGCGCUCGCCCCGCUGAUGCUGCUUCCCGGCGUCGGCACCGCCCGAGGCAUGCGGCCUGGAGAGAUUGCGAGCUCGUUCGCCGACGGCGCCGCGUGCUUCGCAGAGCGCGACGCGGCGUGCACCGAACGGCACGCGUUCGCUCUGCUGUGCGUGUACGUCGGCGUCAACUUCUGCUUCAACACUCUCGGGCUCUGGCUGACGAAGCACGCGGGCGCCGUCCUAAACUCGAUCUCGUACGCGCUGCUACUGCCCCUCACCACCCUCGGCUUCUCGCUGCCGGUGCUCGGCCCGUACCGCGAGUCGGCCAACGCGAUGACCUACGCGGGCCUCGCCGUCGUGCUCACCGGAUUUGUGCUCUGGAGGUACCACUCGCUGGUCGCGGAGGCCAAGGCGGAGCCGCCCUUGUCGGUCCCCACGCUGCAGCCAUCGCCGAGGCAGUGGCGCUUGCGCGUCGCCGCCGCAGCAAUAAAGCUCGUACGCCGGCUCUCGCUCGACUGCUCGCCGAGCCCGCCGCCGGGCGAGGAGGAGCGCGUGAUCGUGCGGCUGCUCUCUGCGGGCGGCGCAGCAGAGGAAGGCGCCCAAUCGUUCCAGGAGCGCGUCGUCGGCAUGGGCCCGGUGGCGCGCUCCAGGGAGCGCUCUGCGUCGCUGUGA